CAUUAUUUUGCUAAUAUGCCUGACAAGCAAUUCGAGAAGAAUGGGCAGCUCCAUUUUUUGCCUUCACCUUAUCCUUUCAUCAUUUUUUCUUUUCACUUUCUUGCUGGCAGCUGUUAAUGGCAGCAAAAAGUGUUACAUUGUAUACAUGGGAGCUCAUUCUCAUGGUCCCAGCCCUACGUCUGCUGACCUCGAACUUGCCACGGAUUCUCAUUAUGAUUUACUAGGUUCAAUCUUUGGAAGUCGGGAGAAGGCGAAAGAAGCAAUUAUUUACUCAUAUAAUAGACACAUUAAUGGCUUCGCUGCGCUACUUGAGGAGGAAGAAGCAGCAGAUAUUGCAAAAAACCCAAAUGUGGUGUCUGUGUUCUUGAGCAAAGAACAUAAGUUGCACACUACCCGGUCAUGGGAAUUUCUUGGACUACACAGACGUGGCCAGAACUCCGCAUGGCAAAAGGGAAGAUUUGGGGAAAAUACGAUAAUUGGUAACAUUGACACAGGUGUUUGGCCUGAAUCCCAAAGCUUCAGUGAUAAAGGAUACGGUACCGUCCCAUCAAAAUGGCGCGGAGGCCUUUGUCAAAUUAACAAACUUCCAGGUUCCAUGAAAAAUACAUGCAACAGAAAGCUGAUUGGAGCAAGAUACUAUAACAAAGCUUUCGAGGCACAUAACGGCCAACUGGAUCCAUUGCUACAUACAGCACGUGACUUUGUGGGGCAUGGAACCCAUACUCUAUCAACUGCAGGGGGAAAUUUUGUCCCAGGAGCGAGGGUAUUUGCCGUUGGCAAUGGCACUGCAAAGGGUGGGUCACCAAGAGCUAGGGUUGCAGCUUACAAAGUGUGUUGGUCUCUUACUGAUCCUGCAAGUUGUUAUGGGGCUGAUGUGUUAGCUGCUAUUGACCAAGCCAUAGAUGAUGGUGUUGAUGUCAUCAAUGUUUCUUUUGGUGUCAGCUACGUUGUCACUGCUGAAGGAAUAUUCACAGAUGAGAUUUCCAUUGGGGCAUUCCAUGCAAUUUCUAAAAACAUACUUUUAGUUGCCUCUGCAGGAAAUGAUGGACCAACGCCUGGAACUGUUGCCAAUGUGGCUCCUUGGGUCUUCACAAUUGCUGCUAGCACAUUAGACAGAGAUUUCAGCAGCAAUUUAACCAUUAAUAAUCAGCUAAUUGAGGGAGCCAGUCUUUUUGUAAAUCUGCCACCCAAUCAGGCCUUUUCUCUGAUCCUCUCCACUGAUGCCAAACUUGCUAAUGCGACAUUUCGAGAUGCUCAACUUUGUAGGCGUGGAACACUUGAUCGUACAAAAGUAAACGGCAAAAUAGUGUUAUGCACUCGUGAAGGAAAAAUAAAAUCAGUUGCUGAGGGUCUGGAAGCUCUAACCGCGGGCGCAAGGGGAAUGAUUUUGAACAAUCAGAUGCAAAAUGGAAAAACACUUUCUGCUGAGCCUCAUGUUUUUUCCACUGUGAACACGCCUCCAAGACGUGCAAAGUCAAGGCCCCAUGGUGUCAAAACAACUGCCAUUGGGGACGAGGAUGACCCUUUAAAAACGGGUGAUACAAUAAAAAUGUCCCGAGCAAGAACGUUAUUUGGAAGAAAGCCAGCUCCAGUUAUGGCAUCAUUUUCAUCUAGAGGACCCAAUAAGAUUCAGCCAUCAAUACUCAAGCCAGAUGUAACUGCGCCUGGUGUGAACAUUCUUGCUGCCUAUUCAGAGUUUGCAAGUGCAUCUAGCUUGCUAGUAGACAAUCGUCGUGGGUUUAAAUUCAAUGUAUUGCAAGGAACUUCUAUGUCUUGUCCUCAUGCUUCGGGUAUUGCUGGACUUCUCAAAACACGACAUCCUAGUUGGAGUCCUGCUGCUAUUAAAUCAGCUAUCAUGACCACAGCAACCACACUCGACAACACUAAUAGGCCAAUCCAGGAUGCGUUUGAUAAAACACUAGCAGAUGCUUUUGCUUAUGGUUCAGGACAUGUUCGACCCGAUCUAGCGAUAGAUCCUGGGCUUGUUUACGAUCUAAGCCUCACUGAUUACUUGAACUUCUUAUGUGCUUCCGGAUACGACCAACAACUCAUUUCCGCCCUCAAUUUCAACAGGACAUUCAUUUGUUCAGGUUCUCACAGCGUAAAUGACUUGAACUACCCUUCAAUCACAUUGCCAAAUUUUCGCUUAAAACCCGUAACCAUUGCUCGCACAGUCACAAAUGUUGGGCCACCAAGCACAUACACUGUAAGUACCCACUCGCCAAAUGGAUAUAGCAUUGCCGUUGUGCCACGUUCCUUGACUUUCACGAAAAUUGGUGAAAGGAAGACAUUCAAAGUCAUUGUGCAAGCAAGCAGUGCAGCUACGCGGAGAAAGUAUGAAUUCGGGGAUUUGCGUUGGACAGACGGAAAGCAUAUAGUAAGGAGUCCUAUUACAGUUAAGCGCAGAUGAAAAUUCCCAAAUUGGUCGAGUUGGUUGUGUUGUAUUGUGUGGAUGCGUGUGUGCAUGUUUAGAUAUAAGGUAGUUGGACUCUAUAUAGCUAGGAUUUUCAUGUUAUGACAUAACUGUUUUGUUCCUUGGUUCCUAUGUGGUUGUUUGGUUAUCAGUAUCACUGUAUAAUAAUUUAUUGCAUGUUUUAUGUGUA